AAUAGUACCUUUUCGGUUACUUCCGUGUUUGUGUCGAUCGCUUCCAGAAGUUGUUAUUAUCUUGUCAUACAGGAAUGCUAAGCUCGCGCCCCGUGUUGUUUCGGUGUAACGGAUAACUAGUUUGUAACGUUGCAUUUAGCUUUAGAAAAUAUAGUUCUGCUGGUGUCACAUUGUUUUUGUUUGUUUCGCUUGCGCUUUUAAUGUCAUCAUGACUUGCUACUUCUCAAGUUAACAUUAGCGUUCAGAGGUCCACCACCUGACAGACGAUGAAGCGAGUCAGAGACGCUGAUGUGGAGGAUAGUCCGCGGCAAAAUGAGACUGCGGCCAGCAGAAGGAGAUCCAGUGAGCCUGCAAACGGGGCCGUGGGUGCAAGUGACAUCCAGGAUGAUGACAACAACCCCAGCCACAGGAGAGAAAUCCGGAGCAAGUACAGAGACCUCAUCAACUCAGUGCAACAGAACAGAGAGGAUAUGCUGAAUGCCUCCAACAACAGGCUUACAGAGGUUCUGGAGGAGGCCAACAGGCUGUUUAAAGACGUUCGCCAGGCGAGGGAAGCAGCGCUUGAUGCUCAGCUCCUUGUUGUAGCUACAGACCUGGGAAAGGAGAAAGCCAACCAGCUGUUCAGUGAAGGCAUCGCAUUUGAUACCUCUGCUUUUGCUGAACAUCUUCUGUCUUUCAUGGGUCUUAACCGACUAGAAGACGGUGAAGAGGAGCAGCAUGACGGCGGUGGAAAUGGUUACCUGCCCCAGGACGCCUGGCAGAGAGUGGCCCGGAGAGCAGAGCGCUGCUUCCUGAUGGCGCCCUCUUUCCACUACAUGAACGGAGCUUUCCACGCAGAGCCUCCUGCUCCAAGGCAACGGAUCGAGCGGCAAAGGAAGGCACCGAACAGCGAGGCCAAAAGAAUCAUGCCCACUCAGCUCAAGAAAAUGGAAGAAUCCCACCAAGAGGAGACUGAGAAGGAGGUGGAGCGGAUACUGAGGUACCUGAAAGACUACCACGAAGAUGAUGGAACACCAGUAUCAUACUUCGAGUUUGUCAUUGACCCCAACUCCUUUUCUCGGACAGUAGAGAACAUCUUCCACACGUCCUUUCUAAUCAGGGAUGGUUUUGCACGAAUUUAUCUGGAUGAAGAGCUGCCCUGUAUAGCUCCUGUAGAGGAGACUGAAGAGGAAGCUGGAGGUCCAUGCAGUCGGAAACAGUGCAUCAUUUCCAUCAGCCCCAGAAGCUGGAAGGAGCUCAUAGAUGCCUUUGAGAUCAGAGAACCGUUGAUUCCACCUCCAAAGACUCAGGAUGAGUGACGCACUGCCUCUGUGUUCAGUAAAGCUGAACAUUAUAAGUCAGAUUUUUUUUUUAAAGAACAUUUUAGUUAGUCACAUAUUUGUUAGAUAGUCAUAUGUUGCUGUGUUUU